UUGUAUCAAGGAAUAACGAUAGCUGUGGAGUCGUUUAUCACGUUCGUUUUUCCCUAUGUUAUGGAAAUUCGGCGGAGCCUCGAGGCGAACUUUUUGACUUGCAAGCAGUGCCACCAGCCGUACCAGAAGCCAAAAGUUUUGGUAUGCCUACACACAUUUUGCCAGUCGUGCCUCGAAAAGUUAGUUGCCCAAAAGGAGGCGGAGAACGAGGCAAAGGAAUUGGAAUCAGCAAAACGAUACUACACUUCGACAAAUUUAUCAUCCAACGACUAUCGAAGUAGCUAUCGGAAGAAAUGGUCUUCGAAAUUUCGAUACGGUGAUUAUGAUUCGACAAACUAUGGACCAUCUCGCUACACAUUUAACAGUACAAGAGUCAAGCAGAUUUCGUGUCCAGUGUGUGAGAAGGAAACUGCUAUCCCUGCAGGAGGAGUGGUUGAAUUGCCUACUGACCAGCUGGCUGACAGACUGGCGUCCAUGGUGGACAGGAUGCCAACGUUUCCUGUGUGUGAUGUGUGCACAAAACAAUUGUUGCUAUCAGAAGAGGCUGGAAGCCCACCGACACCCACCUCAAAACAAAACUCUUACAAAAACGGAGAACGUUUUGCGGAUAGUGAUGACAGUGACUCCGGUGAAUAUGAGGAUAUGUCAAGUUUCAAUGGAUCAUCUUCUCGUACCUCACAGUUAGGGAAUCGUAGUUCACGUCAGCGACCAAAUGACUCAUGCAACAAUAUAAGGCGGCCCAGACGAAGAACCGUACCCAGUGGGUAUAGUAAAUCAACUACCAUCAAUGGCCCCCAACCUGCUAGCGCGGCGUGUCUGGAAUGCGCCAAACGACUGUGCGUAGCCUGUCGCGAAACUCAUUCGAAAAUGGCAGUAACCGCAGCUCACGUUCUCAUUCGCGCCGAACAAAUGGAAGACCUUCAGUGUAGUCGACAUCCACGUGAACUCAGACGUUUCUUUUGCGUGACGUGUCGCAUGUACAUAUGUAUUGUCUGCACGUUUGAGACAAGUGUCGAAGCUGAAAAAGACCCAGAUAAAUCUACUGGACAUGCUAAUCAUGAUAUCAUGUCGAUACGAGAAGCUGUGACCGCUUACCAGGAACAGCUGAGCCGUGAGAGUGCAGCCACACAGGCUCACAUUCAGCAGAUUGAAUCGCUGCUCAACAGCCUUCAAGUAUGUGAAAGUGAGAUGCGAUGUCUCUACGCUGCGAUUGACGCAGGCGUGAAGGCCUGCAUGGAUCAACUCCACAGACAACAAUCCGCGUUAAAGGCCAAAGUUGAUAAAGUGGCAGGAAUCCCGUUGGAAGUUCUGGCGUCUGAAUGCAAGCGCCUUAAUAACGCAGCGAAUGAGUGGUACGACUUCCUCAAUGAUGAUCGUAUCACAAGCCGCCUGGACCUAAUGGAUCCUAUUGAGGCUUUAACCGAGGCAGGACCGAUGUUGGAUCGCGUCAAUCACUGCCUCAGGCUAGCUUCUGAGCCUCUAAAUAAGGAAAUGGCCAGGCAGCCCUUUUUGCUGCAUCUCAAAGCAGCUGAGAGCCACGUGUUGUCUAACGGAGACAGUGGUCUGGUCUCCAGUCAAUCUUCCUCACCCCCAAGCAACUCGGACAGCAUCGAUUCGACAGAUCAUGGUCGUGCAAACUACUGGAGAUCUCGACUUGGAAAGUUUCAACCAGGGAGUUUAGAUCUGGGUCGGAUUGUGACACAGAAAGAACUGGCCGCAGAACUCCUGGCCGAAUCUUCAAAGAGGGUUACGACUUACGUUCAAACCGGACCGGAGUUGAUCAAGGCCCUUCCUCCACCCAAAGGUGCUCAGCGUCAUCGAGCUGUACAAAUAAAUCUACUCGGCGCCAAUUUAGAUGACCGUGCAACUCAAACCGAUCCCGUGACGAUCGGUGCGACAAGAGUGGCUAAGCUAGACAGUGGGACACAGUAUGCCAGUUCCGAUGUCAACCCACCAGUUAGCAUGUACAGAACUCUGAAACAAAUACUGGUGCAGAAAUAA